UUUAUUAAUCUCUAAUUAAUUUUGGUUUUCAAAAAAUAAAACGCUUUCAUAAUAAAGAAAAAAGCACAUUUAAAAUAAAAACAAACAUUCUUAUUUUUGUUAAGAAAUCUUAAUAUACUCAAAAACAAAUAAUAUUAAUUCGAAAGUGACCUUUAUUUAAUGAUUAAAUUAUGUUCAUAGAGAUAAUUAUUUUAAAACUUGCCGAUAUCGUAUAGAUAAAAUACUCUGCAUCACCCAAAACAUUGGGAAAUUCUUUCAGCCUCAAAAUUAAACCUAGUCGAAAUAUCCAAAUUCCAAUAUUCAACAAAAAAUAACUCAUGAGCCUUGAACUACUUUUAGAAGCAGCAGAAUACAUUGAGAAGAGAGAAAAAGCAGAACAUGGUUAUGCCUCACUUAGAUACCAAGAUCCAGCUCAUCUGUCUCAUAAGAAAAGCUCAAAAAAAUUUCCAGGCAAGAGGUCAUCUCACAACGAGUUAGAAAAAUGCAGAAGAGCUUACCUAAGGAACUGUUUGAAUGGGUUGAAAGAGUUGGUACCCUUAGAUGCAAAUACCUAUCGUCACACAACUUUAGGCCUUCUUAAUAAAGCCAAACUUCAUAUAAAAAAUCUAGAAGAAAACGCCAAAUCCUUGUCCAGGCGCAAAGAAAAACUCUUUUCUGAACAACGGCGAUUACGACAAAAUUUAGCAAAUCUCAUUCUCGAAAGGACUUCUAAUAGUACUAAUAACCAGGCUACAUCUCUUCCAUCUUCCCUUAUAAUUUCAGCCGAAUCUAAGCCAAAUGAUAAAACCGAAUUUUUCGCUUAUAACUUGCCCCGACCCUUUCAGAGUAUCAAUAUUGGCAGAAAUAUAGAUAACGAUAAGACCUCUUUAUCCAUUGUCAACAUCAAUGCUAAAAGCAAUAACACGAUCGGAUUCACCAAAACCAAUAUGGUCAGUCUAUUAACCAGCAGAGUUCCUAACAAAAAAUAUCGUACCGAUAGCGAGUCGAGUUCACUGUCUUGCAAUUCCAACAUAAGUUCUUUGAUGUCUAUGAGAUCGAUAGAAUUUUCGAACUCCGAUAAAUCCCCAUCAAUUGUUAAAAAUCGUAUAGAAAUGGAUGAUGUAUGUAAGGAUGUUGUGAUGAAAGAAAUUUCAAGGGAAAAGGAUGGUGGUUUCAAGGAAGAAGCCUUUUCUUCUACAAGUUCUGGAUUCAGUUCUGAAAAUAAUUCGGAUGAUUUUGACCAUUUAUCAGAGAGUGACGAAUCAUGUUCUAAUGAAGAAUCUUCAGUUCAAGAGGAAAGUGGUUAUCUACCUCAAUACUAAAAACUAAAUUAAAAAUUUGUAGUGUGUUGCCUUUGAACUCAAUAAACUUUCAAAAUAAUUAAUCAUAAAAGCCAUACUCAAGGCGUGUAUAUCGUCAAGAAAGUGAUCAUUCUAAAUUAUAACAUUCACAUUUUAUUGUUAUUAACAAACCAUACAUUAAAUUUAGCAUAUAAAUAAAAUUAAAAAAUUAUUCAUGUUUUUAACAAUUUUAUUAAAAUUUUUAACUUAAAUAUAUAUUUAUAUUAUAUUUUGAUUUCUACACUUUUGUCUCAAACCAUCAGGGGUUAUAUCGUCAAAUUAAUCAACUUAAAUAUUUAUAAUUAUUUAAUUAUGUCCCCAUUCACACAAUGCAUUAAGAAACUAAACAAAUGAGUUUAUUAUAAUAUAAUAUAUUUCCCAUUUUUUAAAAAUUCAAAGUGCGAGAAUAUUACUACAAUAUUUUAUUAUAUUUAUUUUCUUCUUAAGACCUUAAAUAAUCUUCUAUUUUAAAUUAUUUGAAUUUUGCUCUUUUUACUCGACACCCCAACUCUAUUCCAUGUAAAACAUUUUUAUAUUUAUAUCCAAUAUAUUUUUAUAUUAAUUUUUUAACAUCUUUUAUAUUUAUUUAUAACUGUAAAAAAAUUAAUGUUACUUAGCUGUCAAAAAAUAGAAAUUUAGAAUCAUAAAAAUGAGAAGCAAGCGAUAAUGUUUUUUUUUCAAACCCUCAAACUAUUUAUUUUAAUAAAUUCGUAUUUAACUCGCAAAAAUAAAUUUACGUUAUUAAUGAUCUCACAUUUUCACUGUAUUUUCAUCAAAGCUCUUUGUUUUCAAAAUUUUUCUUUUUUUUGUUCGGUUCAAUAAUAUAUAAAAAUACUUGAAUAUAAUAUAUUGUAAUCUUUUAACCAUAAUAUAUCUUAUUUAACAUUUAUAUACUAUUAUAAAUAUAAAUUAUUAAUAUAUUUAACUUUCUUUAUAUAAAAAUAAGGAGAAUGAUCGCCCCUAAAUUAAUUUAUUAUAUUCAAGAUUUUAUUUAUAUAAGAUAACGCAAAA